AUUUUAAAAGAUUGUCCUUUAGGUUUCGCUUUAUCCAAGAAAUCAUUAUAAUCACGUGACAAUUUCAUUUCAUGAUGCAUGUGAUAUGUUUCACACGAGUGUAGAUCUAUGUUUGGAGCAAAAAGCAUUUUGUGCAAUACUAGGUAAGUUGCACUGACUGCAUUAUAAGUUUGUGGAUUAUUUCGGAUACAAAACUCCGUUCAGCCUUUUUUUUCUUGUUAUAAUAUUUUUUUUUUUAGCCCUUCUUUUGGAGCUUUAUUUUAAAAAAAUUCCAUGUCUGUCAUUCGAGAAGAAUUUGUUUACGCAGUAAUUAAUCGAUCAAUUGCAUUAAUAGACUAUAAUGUUCACACUGAUAUACAUAAACAAUAUGAAUUUAAGAAACAGACAGUUCUUGCUGAUAAUUCUCUUACAGAAGAUGAAAAAACUUAUGCAAUAAGAUGGGUAACUAAAGAUUAUGAUCGAGAUAAAAUUCUUUUUAAUUCAGGAACAAAAAGAACUUGUGAAAAUUGUAAUCAAAAAUGUUUAGCUACAUUUUAUUGUGAAUUUUGUGUUAGAAAUUAUUUAAAAGCAAAAUUUUCAAAUUGGACAUCUGGAAAUGAAGAUAUUGAUAAUUUAAUCCAGAAAUGUCAAAUGGAAUUAGUUAGACCAGAUACUAUAAUUGAAUGGAUUCCAUAUAAUAGUUUACGAAAUAUUAAGUAUCUAACAAAAGGUGGAUUUUCUGAAAUCUAUACAGCAGUCUGGAUUGAUGGAAAAUAUGAAGAAUGGGAUUCUAAAAAAAAACAAUUAAUAAGAUUUGGAGAUCAAGAUGUAAUACUUAAAAGUUUAGAAAAUGUUGAAAGUGCAAAUCAAAGUUGGUUUGAAGAGGCUAAAUCACAUUUAACUAUAGGUAAUAAAUUUCCAGUAAUUGUCCAAUGUUAUGGUUUAACACAAAAUAUAUUAAAUGGAAAUUAUAUGCUUGUGAUGGAUAAAAUGAAUAUAAAUUUAAGAGAAUAUUUGCAACAAAAUCAUAAUAAGCUUACAUGGAAACAAAAAAUCAAUAUAACUUUUGAAAUAGUUAGGGCACUUUAUUUUAUUCAUUUUGAUAAUGCAUCAAUUCAUAGAGAUUUACAUUCAGGAAAUAUAUUGUAUUCACAACUUAAUAGCCUAUGGUAUAUUAGUGAUCUUGGAUUUUGUGGACCUGCUGAUAAAUCAUCAAAAUGUAUAUAUGGAAAUCUUCCUUACAUAGCACCUGAAAUUAUUAAUGGAAAAGAAUAUACUUUUAAAUCUGAUAUUUAUAGUAUUGCAAUGCUUAUGUGGGAAAUUUCAUCACAACAACCACCAUUUAUUAAUCAUGAACAUGAUUACGAUCUUGCAAUGAAUAUUAUUAAUGGUAUUAGACCAAGAAUAGUAUCAGGAACCCCUGUUGAAUAUAAAAAUUUAAUGGAAGAAUGUUGGGAUGCAGAUCCAUCAAAAAGACCAGAUACUACUACACUUACAAUAAAAGUAAGGGAUAUGAAUUUAUAUUAUCAAAGUAUGACAGAUGAAUCAGAAAUACAUAAUAAUUUAGAAUUUAGUGAAGCAAAUAAUUUAGUAAAUAGUACAAAUAGCAGAUUAUUUACAAGUAAAAUUCAUCAAUUUGAACAAAGAAAUGCAACAGAAGAGGAGCUAGAAGCAUUUCAUAGUAAAUCGUAUGAUUUUAGUAUUCCCGCUAAUAUUAAUGAUUUUAAUAAACCAAGAAAUCAGAGUAAUAAUAAUACAUCAAAAUUACACAGUAUAUUUAAGGCAAAUAGUAAAAAUUUAUCCAAAACAUUUGAAAAGUUGCCAAUAAAAGAUGGUAAGUGAAUAAAUAAGCUUAUUUAUUAGUGCAAAUAUUCAUUAUUUAUUAAACAUAAUUUAUUUUUAAUUUA